AACCCAUCCCGUCUUUUAUCACUUACUACUCAUUGUACGCAUAUCCUCUUCCUCAUUACAUUCUCUCUCCACUUACCAUUCAAACAAAUGGCGAAUCUUGAUUUCAUCCUUCAAACAGGCUUCUAAAUAAAGCUUAAUACAACUCCAUAUCAUCAAUACCCUCAAUUUCAUAUAAUGGCUUCUUCUUGUAUAGAUUUUGAUAGAUUCAAGCUGCUUCCUCUUUCCCUCACUUCCCUCUCCAAUUCCCAUUCUCCUUCUACCUCAUCCAGAACCUUAAUUUUGACCCGACCCAGAUGCUCAAUUCCAAGAAUUGGGCUUUUUCUUUAUGGGUCCAGACUUAGGAGAGAGGUUUCGGGUAUCAUACCCAGAACCAUUUUCUUGAAACAUCCUCGAAUUAUCACUGCCGUUGCUCGUGCUGAACCCAAUGAGGAAGUCAACAAAGGCAACAGUACAACGGCGAGGGAAAUUCCCACUUCUGAACUUAAGCAGAAAAAUAGUCAACUGAAGAAAAGGGUAGUCUUUGGACUUGGUAUAGGUAUUUCUGUCGGAGGUGUGGUAUUGGCUGGAGGAUGGGUUUUCACUGUUGCCCUUGCUGCAGCUGUUUUUAUGGGUGCACGAGAGUACUUUGAGCUGGUUAGGAGUCGUGGAAUUGCUGAUGGAAUGACUCCUCCUCCUCGAUACAUAUCAAGAGUUUGCUCUGUAAUCUGUGCUCUCAUGCCUGUACUCACACUAUAUUUAGGUCAGAUUGAUGUUUCUGUUACCUCUGCGGCUUUUGUUGUUGCAAUGGCACUGUUGAUGCAAAGGGGAAUUCCUCGUUUUGCUCAACUUACUAGUGCCAUGUUUGGGCUCUUUUAUUGUGGCUAUCUCCCUUGUUUCUGGGUUAAGUUGAGAUGCGGUUUGGCAGUACCUGCUCUGAACACUAGACUGGGAGCAUCAUGGCCUGUCAUUUUUGGAGGCCAAACUCAGUGGACUGUGGGGCUUGUGGCAACCUUAAUUUCAUUCAGUAGUAUCAUUGCAGCAGAUACAUUUGCUUUUAUUGGAGGCAAGGCUUUUGGUAGGACACCGCUUACUAACAUUAGCCCAAAGAAAACCUGGGAGGGAGCUGCUGCAGGCUUAGGAGGUUGUAUAGCCACUUCUGUGUUGUUAUCAAGAAUUUUCUGUUGGCCUACAUUCACAUUAAGUGCUGUAGCUUUUGGAAUUCUGAACUUCUUUGGAUCUCUUUUCGGUGACCUUACUGAGUCAAUGAUCAAACGUGAUGCCGGUGUGAAGGACUCAGGAUCUCUCAUUCCUGGACAUGGGGGAAUACUGGACAGGGUGGACAGCUACAUAUUUACGGGGGCAUUGGCAUACUCCUUUGUGAAAUUGUUCUUACCAUUUUAUGGAGUUUGAUGAACCUGAUAACGAUUCCUUACAAAGAAAAAAGAUACUUCAUCGCUGUUCUCUUAACUUGGGAGCAAGCGCAAGGUGGCAUACUCGAUACAAGCAACAUACGACAUAGAAGGUUCCAUUGAAAGGUCAGUUUAGUUUCACACGACAAGAUUCCAGUUGCAUUGCAACUCCCCCAGAUUCUACUGAUUCAUAUACCUGAUUCCAAGUUUGAGGAAGCACUUUAGGUUGACAGAACGGGGAAGGGAUCCGCAUGAUGUUUGCGGAUUAGUGUUGGGUUGUUUUGGCUGAUACUAAGCUAGCUCCCCCAUUGUAAUUUUAGAAUUGUUGCAUAAUUAUGAUUCUGCAAGUGUAUAUUCGUUUUUAGUCACAGAAAUGUCUCAAUAAUUAUUAGGUUCAUAUAUUGAUUUAUUCAGGCGUAGCUUUGUUUAAA